GAGUUUGCCAAGGAGCGUGAGCGUGUGGAGAAGAGGCAGGAGUUUCUAAAGCUUCGCAGGCAGCAGCAGAUCGAGAGAGAGCUGACUGGAUACCUGGAGUGGAUAUGCAAGGCAGGUCAGACUGCCCUCUACUCCCUCUCCUUUUUUCUUUUAAUACUUAAUACCCCUUUACUUUAAUACUUAGAGUUUACUUCAAUACUGCUCAAGGUUUAGUUACAGGCAAACAUGAUUUUAUACUAUAUGCAGUAAUCUGCCACUCAUUCCCUUUUAUUUGGGCUCCCGAGUGGUGCAGCGGUCUAAGGCACUGCAUCUCAGUGCUUGAGGCGUCACUACAGACCCCCUGGUUCGAUUCCAGGCUGUAUCACAAUCCGGCCGUGAUUGGGAGUCCCAUAGGGCGGUGCACAAUUGGCCCAGCGUCGUCCGGGUUUGGCCGGUGUAGGCCGUCAUUGUAAAUAAGAAUUUGUUCUUAACUGACUUGCCUAGUUAAAUAAAGGUAAAAUAAAUUGAAAACAAAUUAUAUAUAUAUAUAUAUAUAUAUAUAUAUAUAUAUAUAUAUAUAUAUACAGUACCAGUCAAAAGUUUGGACGCACCUACUCAUUCAAGGGUUUUUCUUUAUUUUUACUAUGUUUUACAUUGUAGAAUAAUUGUGAAGACAUCAAAACAUUGAAAUAACACAUAUGGAAUCAUGUAGUAACCAAAAAAGUGUUAAACAAAUCAAAAUAUAUUUUAUAUUUGAGAUUAUUUAAAAAGCCACCAUUUGCUUUGAUGACAGCUUUGCACAAUCUUGGCAUUCUCUCAACCAGCUUCACCUGGAAUGGUUUUCCAACAGUCUUCAACGAGUUCCCACAUAUGCUGAGCACUUGUUGGCUGCUUUUCCUUCACUCUGCCGUCUGACUCAUCCCAAACCAUCUCAAUUGGUUUGAGGUCGGGUGAUUGUGGAGGCCAGGUCAUCUGAUGCAGCACUCCAUCACUCUCCUUCUUGGUCAAAUAGCUCUUAGACAGCCUGGAGGUGUGUUGGGUCAUUGUCCUGUGGAAAAACAAAUUAUAGUCCUACUAAGCCCAAACCAGAUGGGAUGGCGUAUCGCUGCAGAAUGCUGUGGUAGCAAUGCUGGUUAAGUGUGCCUUGAAUUCUAAAUAAAUCAUAGACAGUGUCACCAGCAAAGCACCCCCACACCAUAACACCACCUCCUCCAUGCUUUUGGUGGGAACUACACAUGCGGAGAUCAUCCGUUCACCCACACCGCAUCUCACAAAGACACGGUGGUUUGAACCAAAAAUCUCAGAUUUGCACUCCAGACCAAAGGACUAUUGCUUGUGUUUCUUGGCCCAAGCAAGUCUCUUCUUCUUAUUGGUGUCCUUUAGUAGUAGUUCCUUUGCAGCAAUUCGACCAUGAAGGCCUGAUUCACACAGUCCCCUCUGAACAGUUGAUGUUGAGAUGUGUCUGUUACUUGAACUCUUUGAAGCGUUUAUUUGGGCUGCAAUUUCUGAGGCUGGUAGCUCUAAUGAACUUAUCCUCUGCAGCAGAGGUAACUCUGGGCCUUCCAUUCCAGUGGCGGUCCUCAUGAGAGCCAGUUUCAUCAAAGCGCUUGAUGGUUUUUGCGACUGCACUUGAAGAAACUUUCAAAGUUCUUGAAAUUUUCCGUAUUGACUGACCUUCAUGUCUUAAAGUAAUGAUGGACUGUUGUUUCUCUUUGCUUAUUUAAGCUGUUCUUGCCAUAAUAUGGACUUGGUCUUUUACCAUAUAGGGCUAUCUUCUGUAUAACCCCCCUACCUUGUCACAACACAACUGAUUGGCUCAAACGCAUUAAGAAGGAAAGAAAUUCCACAAAUUAACUUUUAAGAAGGCACACCUGUUAAUUGAAAUGCAUUCCAGGUGACUACCUCAUGAUGCUGGUUGAGAGAAUGCCAAGAGUGUGCAAAGCUGUCAUCAAGGCAAAGGGUGGCUAUUUGAAGAAUCAAAUCUAAAAUAUAUUUUGAUUUGUUUAACCAUUUUUUGGUUACUACAUGAUUCCAUAUGUGUUAUUUCAUAGUUUUGAUGUAUGUCUUCACUAUUAUUCUAUGAUGUAAAAAAUAGUAAAAAUAAAGAAAAACCCUUGAAGGUAGGUGUGUCCCAACUUUUGACUGGUAGUAUAUAUAUAUAUAUAUAUAUAUAUAUAUAUAUAUAUAUAUAUAUAUAUAUAUAUAUAUAUGUUACAUUGUGCUGACACAGCAUUAGUCUUAGGGCUUUAUGAUAUGAAAUAUUAAGUAUGCUGAUGGUUUGGAAUCAUUGUGUGUGUGUGUGUGUGUGGUGUGUGGUGUGUGCAGUGGCGGAAAAAGUACACAAUUGUCAUACUUGAGUAAAAAUAUAGAUACCUUCAUAGAAAGUUACUCAAGUAAAAGGAAAAGUCACCCAGUAAAAUACUACUUGAGUAAAAGUCUAAAAGUAUUUCAUUCUAAAUAUACUUAAGUAUCACAUGUAAAUGUAAUUGCAAAAAUAUACUUAAGUAUCAAAAGUACAAGUAUAAAUAUUUUCAAAUUCCUUAUAUUAAGCAAAGCAGAUGGCACCAUUUUCUUGUUUUAAACAUUUACGGAUAGCCAGGGGCACACACCAACACUCAUAUAUUAUUUUCAAAAGAUACAUUUGUGUUUAGUGUUCUCUUGAUAAGUGCGUAAAUUUGACAAUUUUCCUGUCCCGCUAAGCAUAAAAAAUUUAAUGAGAACUUUUGGGUGUCAGGGAAAAUGUAUUGAGUAAAAAGUACAAUAUUUUCUUUAGGAAUGUAGUGAAGUAAAAGUAAAACUUGUCAAAAAUUGAAAUAGUAAAGUAAAGUAAAGAUACCCCAAAACACUACUUGUAGUAAUUCAGUAUUUUUACUUAAGUACUUUACACCACUGUGUUUGUGUACUGUAUGUGUUCAUGAUAUGGUGUGUGGCUGACACCUGUGUAUUUGUUUCAGAGGAAGUGAUGCUGGCGGAGGAGGACAAGCACGCUGAAGAGAAGUCCCCUCUGGAUGGAGCGUGGUACAAAAGAAAACACAACAACCCAGGUGAGGAAUAUACCAGGGCCCCGAGUUAGUCAAGUCAGACCACCUGAUCUGAUCAGGGAAAACUCAGUGCCUUGGUGAUAAGCUUUGUCUGAGUGUCAUCUCAUUUUACAUUACAUUUUUAGUCAUUUAGCAGACGCUCUUAUCCAGAGCGACUUACAGUUAGUGUAUAAAUGUUUUUCUUUUAUACUGGCCCCCCGUGGGAAUCAAACCCACAACCCUGGCGUUGCAAACACCAUGGUCUACCAACUGAGCUACAUCCCUGCCGGCCAUUCCCUCCCCAAUUGUGCGCCGCCCCAUGGGUCUCCCGGUCACAGCCAGCUACAACAGAGCCUGGAUUCGAACCAGGAUCUCUAGUGGCACAGCUAGCCUUAGACCACUGCGCCACUCGGGAGGUCUCCCUGUGUCUGCCCAGGACUGCUUACCCAGGCUCCUCUCUGGCUGUGGCUGUAGAUGUGUCAGGCUUUGGGCUGAUGCCACCCACUCUCUCUGUAAUAUAUAUUGUGCUGCUGCUAUCAUCAAGUGUGAACUCACAGUAAUUAUGGGUGUUGGGGCCACAUGUAAAUUGUAUUACAACAGGAGAGAAGUGCACAGUGCCACAGUUCAGAGAGAGCCUGGCUGGGAGAGUGUGUGUGAGGGGGCUGUGUUGUCAGUCGAGUUUGAAUGGUCUGUUGAUCUAACAACACCUGAGAGGCCUCCCCUGAGAUGCUUGUAGGAACAGUGUUUCACAAGCUAUCAUAAAUGUGAAGGGUUCAAGUUGUGUGCUGCUUUUUUAAAAGGAAGUUAGUUGCCUGAUGGAAGUCCUGUAUUAAUGCCCCGAGAGCUGAUGUCAUAUCCAUCAAACACACAUACUGUAUGCAUUAUCUCCCUGGAACAGAUGACAUCUGGUCUGGUACUAACCCUACAGUAUUGUUCUAAUGUGUGUUCAGUGUUGAAAAGAGCCAAGAAGAGCAAGAAUGACCUGAUCAAUGCUGAGGAAGGCGAGGACCACUUCACUGACAUCUCAUCUGUUGGUAAGGCCAACGCCCGUGACUCCGACCUCUUAAUCAACUUGUCAGCUUUCACACUGCUCACUGCUGUAUCCUGUUCUACCCAAUGAUUUAUAUACACUAGAUGACUGAUAGGGGGCGCUGUGUUGAAGCCACUGUGCCUCCAUCUUGGCACCCCCACCAUUGUAAAAAUAUUUUGGAAGCUAUAGAAAUGCAUUUAUUAAUCGAGAGCUUGAGACUAUAAGGUUCUACCUGCAAAAAGAUAAUUCUGAAAUAAUUGGCUUUAAAGGUCCACAUUUUUAUCUUAUAUUCUUUUGAAUUUAGCAACAUGGAUUGGGGUAUUUAGAGUACUAUAUACAGUUGAAGUCGGAAGUUUACAUACACUUAGGUUGGAGUCAUUAAAACUUGUUUUUCAACCACUCCACAAAUGUCUUGUUAACAAACUAUAGUUUUGGCAAGUCGGUUAGGACAUCUACUUUGUGCAUGACAGAAGUAAUUUUUCCAUCAAUUGUUUACAGACAUAUUAUUUCACUUAUAAUUCACUGUAUCACAAUUCCAGUGGGUCAGAAGUUUCCAUACGCUAAGCUGACUGUGCCUUUAAACAGCUUGGAAAAUUCCAGAAAAUGAUGUCAUGGCUUUAGAAACUUCUGAUAGGCUAAUUGACAUCAUUUGAGUCAAUUGGAGGUGUACCUGUGGAUGUAUUUCAAGGCCUACCUUCAAACUCAGUGCCUCAAUGCUUGACAUCAUGGGAAAAUCAAAAGAAAUCAGCCAAGACCUCAGAAACCAAUUGUAGACCUCCACAAGUCUGGUUCAUCCUUGGGAGCAAUUUCCAAACGCCUGAAGGUACCACGUUCAUCUGUACAAACAAUAGUACGCAAGUAUAAACACCAUGGGACUACGCAGCCGUCAUACCGCUCAGGAAGGAGACACGUUCUGUCUCCUAGAGAUGAAUGUACUUUGGUGCGAAAAGUGCAAAUCAAUCCCAGAACAACAGCAAAGGACCUUGUGAAGAUGCUGGAGGAAACAGGUACAAAAGUAUCUAUAUCCACAGUAAAACAAGUCCUAUAUCGACAUAACCUGAAAGGCCGCUCAGCAAGGAAGAAGCCACUGCUCCAGACUACGGUUAAGAAUGACUAAUGACAGAAGCAUCGCAAUAGCCUCUUAUUCAAAAAAGUAUAAAGUAAUAAUAAAAUAAUCUACAACUGUUCCCUGCUUUUUGUUAGCUACUAUCUGUUUGAACUCCUCAGUCCCGCUGCAUAAGUGAUUAUUAAUACUCCUCAAUUAGAUCUGCAUCACUGCACAGUAAUUAAAGGGGAGUAUGUGGUUUGGCUCAGUAUUAGAAUCCCAUACACAGUAAUUAAAGGGGAGUAUGUGGUUUGGCUCAGUAUUAGAAUCCCAUACAAGAAAUAGAUGACAGGGAGAAGGAGAUGGAGAGGGAGAUGGAGGGAGAAAAGGAAAAAGUCAAGCCUGAUUUGGUGCUCAGUUUAUGAGGCUUCACACCCGAGUUAAAUUUGGAGAUGAAAAUAGCCCAGGAAAUGAUGAUUCUCCCUCUCCUCCUGGGCCACUAACGAGAUGCUAAUAGAACCAUUUUUCACUUUAAUUUUUUUGGUCCAGCCUAAAAUGUUGGUUUAAUUUAAGUUACAGACGGUUUAUUAUGGGCUGGGAGGUGGAGGUGGUUGUGGAGGUAGAGGAGAAGGGAGGAGGGCAGUGCACAGAGUUCUCUAUGGAUGCCAAGAACUAGCCAGGACACUGAGAAGAUACUGUCCAUCUGAACAAUAUGAUGCAGCAUUAUUAAAGAGUAAUGUAAAGGCAAUUCUGCUAACGGUCAUAUUGCAAAUGUCCUCUACUUUACAUACAGGUUCCUGUAUUUGGCAUGCUAUGUUGUGGUUUGAUUGAGCCAUAGUGCACAUUUUGGGGUUUAUUAGCUGUGAUUUUUAAUCUUUCCUCUCAUCGAGUCUAAUGAUGUUUCGAGGCGGUCCCCACCAAGUGAAAACCUUCAGGUCAUGAAGUUACAUCAAAGUGAUUUUAAUGAGAAAUACAGUAUUGAUGACUGUGACUUUAUCUCCAGUGUGUGUGCUGUUCCCCCCACUGCUCCUCCAGGGUCUCCGUUCGCCCGGGCCAGCCUGAAGAGCAGCAAGAACGACAGUGCCUCCUACUUCCGGAGGAAAGAGAAGCGGCUCCGCUUCACCAUCAGACGCCUGGUCAAGGCUCAGAGCUUCUACUGGACAGUGCUGUGUCUAGUGGGCCUCAACACACUGUGUGUGGCCAUUGUCCAUUAUGACCAGCCUGAGUGGCUCACAUAUGCACUGUGUAAGUCCUGUCCAACGCCCGACCUGCAUGGGAGGGAAUACUAUACCAUUCGUUUUCCUACCAUCACCAACAGAACGUAUCAUUCUAUUUAUUUGCUGUUUGUACAAUAAAACCAUCUACAGUGUAUUAGUUGUAUUGAAUCAGAGCCUUCACAUCAGACAUCAGGGCAGUCAUAUUUGACUCAGUUAAUUGAUCUGUGUGUUUUACCUCUCCCUCGCAGAUUUGGCAGAGUUUGUAUUCCUGGGCUUGUUUCUGACUGAGAUGUCCAUGAAAAUAUAUGGACUAGGACCCAUGAGCUACUUCCAUUCCUCUUUCAACUGUUUUGAUUUUGGAGUAAGUGAGACUGCGAUUCAAUCAAACCCGCACUUCUGAAAUGUUUUAUUGUAGAGAAUUACAUUACAUUGCAUUGCUUUAGAGAGAACACACAUUUUAAGUAAUUCAAUAUACUCUCCUCCUAGGUGAUUAUAGGCAGUAUUUUUGAGGUGAUCUGGGCAGUUGUGAAACCUGGGGCCUCCUUUGGCAUCAGCGUCCUGAGAGCUCUCCGUCUGCUUAGGAUUUUCAAAGUCACUAAGUGAGUGAUAUUUACACCCUGAUCCAAAACAGGACAUGACUACCUAUACAUGACACGAUGGUAUAACACUAUCACAUCCUCAUUCCUCAUCUUCAUCCUCCUGCCUUAGGUACUGGAACUCUCUGAGGAACCUGGUGGUCUCUCUACUCAACUCCAUGAAGUCCAUCAUCAGCCUGCUCUUCCUCCUCUUCCUCUUCAUUGUGGUGUUCGCCCUACUGGGCAUGCAGCUCUUUGGGGGACUGUGAGUCAACCCCCAUUGCCUCUCACAGUAACAGUCCUGUCCAGUACACACACUGUACUGUAUUAUUCAUGGGUCCAGAUUACCCAUGGAGAUACUCAACAUUAGCCAGUUCCAUUGUUGUUAGCAUUACCAUUUAGCUUGUGAUAUAAUAUAGAUGUACGUUGUUUUUAAGGAAAGGAGAGGUUUUCAUUCCUCCACUCUAUGAAUGAUUGAUCCCACUCAGAAACAGAGUAGAUGGUCUCUGUGUUGUUCAACAGAGUAGAUGGUCUCUGUGUUGUUCAACAGAGUAUAUGGUCUCUGUGUUGCUCAACAGAGUAGAUGGUAUCUGUGUUGUUGGUCUCUGUGUUGUUAAAUGCAAAAACACUCCAGUCAUGUGAUCUAAAUGCACAAGCUGCAGGCAGAGAGGACAUUAUAAACAAAAUUCCUCCACUAUGAAUUAUUGAUCCCACUCAGAAACAGAGUAGAUGGUCUGUGUUGUUCAACAGAGUAGAUGGUCUCUGUGUUGUUCAACAGAGUAGAUGGUGUCUGUGUUGUUCAACAGAGUAGAUGGUCUCUGUGUUGCUCAACAGAGUAGAUGGUCUCUGUGUUGUUGGUCUCUGUGUUGUUAAUAAUCCAGUUAAAUGCAAAAACACUCCAGUCGUGUGAUCUAAAUGCACAAGGUGCAGGCAGAGAGGACAUUCUAAACAAAUAGAUGCAUGCAGUUGAUCCAGAGAGAAAUGACACUUGGCAGGCCUUGACAUGUCAGCCUGGGAGUAUGAACUACAGUAGAAUCACUCCCUGACAUAAUGGAAGCAGGAUCUCUGUGUUGUUCAGGCUCUUCUAGUGUAGUGUUCAGUCAGGAUGUGUGCUGUUCAUGCUCUUUCAGUGCAGUGUCCAGUAAGGAUGUGUGUUGUUCAGGCUCUUCAAUUGUGGUGUUCAGUCAGGAUGUGUGUUCAGGCCCUUCCGGUGCAGUGCUCAGUCAGACUGUGUGUUGUUCAGGCCCUUUCAGUGCAGUGUUCAAUCAAAGAUAUAUUAAGGGCUAGUAGUUGUGAAGCUGCUUCACCCAGCCAUAUCCAGCCAAAGCCUGCCCACUUCAAGCUGUCCAGGAAAUGUAUGCUAGUCAAAUCCACUUGAGCUGAGGUGUCCCAUCCAGGUGCAUGGAUCAUUAUACAGUAUGCACUCUUUGAAUAUAAUUUAUAUUCAACGUCAUGCCUGUCCUAGUCAAAAUAAAAUAAACACAUUUAGUGGGAUACAUACAAUGUUAGAUGUACACUAUACGGUAAGUCACUUGUUUUAUAUGUUGUAUUUAGUAUUUAUCCAUUGUAUUUUGUAUUUUAUGAUGAUUCAUUUGGACCUCACAGUAGAGUGGAUUAAACAGGGUUUUAUGCAGACCUGCAUUGUCUUUUCUCUAGUUGGGAAACUAAUGAGAGCUGUACUAAUGAAUGUCCGUCUACGCACCAAGGAUUUCAGCAAGCAGAGAGAGGACACACUUCAUUUGUUUUCUGCAUAGUUCUCAUUGUUGGAAGGUGUAAUGAGGUCCCUGUAGAUUCUCACAGAGCAAUACAGAAUAUCAAGAUUAGCAAAAGUUGUUGUGAAAUCAGCCUUGACGGAGAGGUUUACGGGAGAAAACCAAGCUGUUAGAGCUCUGACAGUAGCAAGAUGUACUAUGCCUAUUAUGCUGGAGCAAGACAAUAAUAAACUAUGACUAAGUGGGAGUCUUCUCAUCUCCUCAAUUUCCAUGGUCACAAAAGUGAUGAGGGAUUAUACAAUCUAGAGUGUGAACCUGUGUGCUAGCAAGGCAUAGCUGAAAGUUAACAACCUCUCUAAUCUGUGUUUCUUCCUGCAGGUUUAAUUUUGACGAGGAGACGCCAACAACAAACUUUGACACCUUUCCAGCAGCCAUUCUCACAGUUUUCCAGGUGAAGUUUACAAAAUGCUGAAUUAAGUUGUGUUUUGUCUUCCUUUUGAAAAUAAUUUCAUGUUAUAACUACUGUAAUACCAUUAGCGAAAUCCAUGUAACGAUGUGUUUGUGUGUCUCCCAGAUUCUGACAGGAGAGGACUGGAAUGCAGUGAUGUAUCAUGGGAUAGAGUCUCAGGGGGGCGUGCCGGGGGGAAUGUUCUCCUCCAUCUACUUCAUCGUUCUCACCCUGUUUGGAAACUGUAUCCUCUCUGGAUGAUCGACCUGCAUUGAUUAACCUUUACUACUGUCAAGCAUCAUGACUUCAGUGCCCCGUGAUAGUAACAUGAUUUAGCGUUGAUUUGUAAGCUAUAAGAAUAUAUAUAGCGACAUACUGUAUAAGAUCCAAUGUAAAUAUUGAUUGACUGAUUGACUGUUUGAACUUUCCUGACCCCUCACUGAUCAGACACUCUCCUCAAUGUCUUCUUGGCCAUCGCUGUUGACAACCUUGCAAACGCACAGGAGCUCACUAAGGUACAGUACAUAGUACAGUCGGGCUUCCAGCCUCUGUAUUCUCUGACUGGAACCUCCCCUCCCUGGAGUCCCUGAGAACCCUGGGUAGAGAGACAGAGACGUGUUCCCCUGAUGAUCCAUCAUGAAAGUCAGCUGUCUAAUCAAAUGCCACAUGGAAUUUCAUCCCCGUAUUUAUGUUUGUUGAAUUAGACAGUGAAUAUUCUUAUUAGGAUAUAUAGUGCCUUGCUUUAUUGGUUCCUUAACCCUGUCGUCUGGGGCUAUUCUGGGAUGACUGAUGUUUGUCCUGGUCAAUAACUCAAGGCAAUGAACCUCCCAACUGGUUGUAGGAUUUGCGACCAUUCAUAAUAAUACACCUAUGGGGAAGAGGCUUAAAUAUUUGCAGCCACUCCAGAGAGAGGUAAUGGCCUUGAUUUUUUGGGCUUGUGGCAGGGCUUAUCAUCAUGUAGCCAUUGAUGGCCCACCUACCCACCCCUGGGUGGUCUCCGUUCCUCUCUGUGUUUGUGCUCAUCAGGAUGAGGAGGAGCAGGAGGUGGCCAUCACCAAGAAGAUGGCCCUCCAGAAGGCCAAGGAGGUCAAGGAGGUCAGCCCCAUGUCGGCAGCGAGCAUCUCCAUCACAGCGUAAGUCAUGAUCAGGCGUUUGAUACAGUUUCCCCCUUGCUACCCCCUUGCCCUCCCUCCCUCAUACCCCCUCCCACAGAUCAAACCUCCCUCACAUCCCUUCCCACAGCCCUACCCCCCAGACACACCACACUGUCUCCCCCUCCUGAGAGAUGCUAUUUUACAUUGAAGUAUGUCUACAUGGGAUUGUAUCUGUUGUUUGUGGCUCUAUGUUGUAUUAUUCUGUCUGGACUACUAGUUUUCUGUUGAUUGUGCUCUUCUGAGGAGUUACACAUGAUUUAACCCUUCUGUACCCAAUGUCUGGUGUUUUGAUAGAUCAUGUGUUCUCUCUUUGAGUCACUGAAGGGCUCAAUGUUGUAAAUGUGUGAGAAGCAGUUGAUAAAAGGCUUAAUGCCUGCUAAGACCUUGACUAGGGUCAGAGACACCUUAAUACUCUGUCUCACAUCCCCCACAUAGGCUACACAGUAUCCUGUACACAGGCCAACAUGGAGCGGAGAGGGCAGUGCCAGCAAGGUAAUUUCCUCAACAAUGAGCACAGAUUGUGCAUGCAACGCUGUACAUUCAGAAAACAUGGUUCUGGUAACAAUGUGACCUCUGGUGUAUACCUUUGUUGGACCCCUUACCACUAAUCUCUUUCGAGUGACAGGCACUUAACAUAAAAUGUAAUUUGAGCUAGCUAAAUAGAUAGUCCACAUGAGAUUUGGAGCAUAUCAGUCAUUGUAUGGGCACUGGAUCCUUGUAUUGCCAUUCACCUGUAUGUACUGUAUAACAACUGUAAUUAGUGUAUUCAUAGUCGAUGGUAGCAGGAUAUGUUAUUCUGUCAUUGUUUUAAAUGUUUUGUCUUAAAUGUUUCAAAGCACUGUUUUAUCUUGUUAUUUAAAAAUUGUAACGUAGCCAUUGGUUUGUAGAAUCUUCUUAUUAAUAUAGGCUUUGAGAAUUUUUUCCUCCACAUUUCCUCAAAGGAAAUGUAAUUUAUAAUUGGCACCUAUAAAUUGGUCUCUGCAAUGCAAACUAUUUUCAUUAUUUGUCUUGGAGGUUGAAAGUCUCAAAGCUGCUACUCUCAUUCCUUUGUUUACUCAUUCUGUUGGUCUUAAACUGAGACUCCCAUUGAGUUGACGUGUAGUGGGAGAGUCAAGGACAGACAGACGGAUGGAUGGACAGAGGGUGCCCUGUCCUCCUUCUGACCCUGACCUCUCCCCCUCUUUUGUUCUCCCUCCCCCAUCUUUUGUUUUUUGCAUGUGCAGUUUUGUAAAGCAAAGUCAAGGUGCACUCUCUAGCAGCUCGUCCAUCUGCAGCGUUAAUUCACUGUGAGUGUUUACUCUCCGUUCCACUUUACUCCAUCACCCUCCUCCUCAUCCCUAGCCUGGGUCUUUUCUCCAUCACCCUCCUCCUCAUCCCUAGCCUGGGUCCUAUACUGUAUGUACAGUAGCCAAAUCUUCUGCACCACCAGGCGCCCUCACCUCCCCUCCCUCCGUCUCCCCUUUGACUCCCAACCGUUUCUCCUGAGCAUUGAGUCAUACCAUUGUGAGUUUUCCACUGUGUUGAAUUGUAGCAGAUUCAUGUGGCAGCCUUUUUUCAGUAACAGGUAUUAUGAGAUUGGUAUGCUCAUUCUGUAUGUACAUAAUGUUAUGCACCUCUUCAUAUUCGUUGUAAUUGAUACUGUACAUCUGCACUUGUUGUAGUGACUGAACUCUCCUCAGGACCUCCCUCUCAUAUUUUUACCUCUUCAUCUCCGACUGAGAUUAUCUCCCUCUCUCACUUCGCUAUACUGUGUCAGUGUGUACUCAGAGGUAGUCUGAGCAGACACAGUAUCCUGGGGCGGUGUUGUGCUGAUGCGCUGGCUCGGCUGGGUUGGGUUGGGCUGGGCUGGGCUGGGUUGGGCUGGGCUGGGUCGGGCUGGGGUUGGGCUGGGUUGAGCUGGGUUGGGCUGGGUUGGGCUGGGUUGGGCUGGCUGGCUGGGCUGGGUUGGGCUGGGUUGAGCUGGGUUGGGCUGGGUUGGGCUGGGUUGGGCUGGCUGGCUGGGCUGGGUUGAGCUGGGUUGGGCUGGGUUGGGCUGGGUUGGGCUGGCUGGCUGGGCUGGGUUGGGCUGGGUUGAGCUGGGUUGAGUUGGGUUGAGCUGGGUUGAGCUGGGUUGGGUUGGGCUGGGUUGAGCUGGGUUGGGUUGGGUUGGGCUGGGCUGGCAGGCUCGUGCUGUGUCGAGCAGACUGAGAGACGCUCUUCCUCUCUGUCCUAACGACCCACAGCAAAGCCACUAGAGAGUGUCGCUGGCACUCAGUGAGUCAGAAGUUCUAGCUGAGCAGCUCUGUAAAGGCCACCAUGUACCUUACGACCGUAUGCCACAGCCAGGCAGAUGGAGAGGCAAAACACGAGCGCACACACACACCCUGCCUAUAACGUCAGACACCUAAAAUCACUCAAAGACCCUUUGUUUGGCUGAAGUGCCAUGUCCCUCUUUUAUAUUAGGGACUUGUUUUUCUCAUUACUAGACAGUAAGGAUAAUGUAACUUGGGGGUAGGAUUGUUUAAGAUAAAAUGAAGUACUAAGUCUACUUACUGCAGUGCAAUACCAACGUCUGGGUGUCGUUCCUUUGUCUUGUUUAUUUUCAGUUCUACUCUCAGUGAAGUAAGUUAUUUUGUCUCCCCAUGUUUCUCCUCUGUCAGUCUUUCUAAGCUCUUGUUUCCCCCUGUGUCUUUGUUUCCAAUGUCUCCUAGCCUGUUUAUGUCACUUUUAGGGAGCCUCUUAGUCUGUCCCUUGUUUGUUUCAAUGUGCUCCUUCAUGUGUUGUAGGAGUUAUGUCUGCUCCCCAGUCCAUCACUACUUGAGGUAAACUAACUUACUGUACGGUAGCCAUGACAAUCUAUUUGUGUAACAUAACAUAACUUCCUGGUGAUGACCAUCAUCAUCAUGUUUACAUUAUUGAAGCAGGAUGGAAUAAACAUCUUGUCCUGCUUCUUUACUUGGCCCUACAUUAGCUUGAUCAUUUCCUCCUUAUAGUGUACCAUACACUAUACUGUAAAUUCACUCAAAUAAUCCAGUGGCACCUCUCCAUUCACCCCUAACCAGAUACCUCAGUGUAGAGCUAUACAUGUGUAAUGUAAGUAGUGGAGGGCAGAUUGGAGCUGGGGUUGAACAUUACCACAGUGCUAGCAUGAGUAGAUAUGAUAGUCGUUUUCAUGCCGUUGUACUGUAUGAAAGUUAAUUGUGACUUCUACACAGUAAAGGAAGUCAUGUUGGAUGUAUCCAUAUACGUGUGUUCUAUAUGGCAUAGGUAGACUACUGAUUUACAAUGCAUGUGUUCAACCAUUUCAAAGACGUUGACAGGGCAAGUCAACUGAAGCAUGUCAUAGCAUGGUCUUGGUCUACCAUGCUUGGCCUGUCCAUAAAGUCUCUCUUUUUACGUGUGGUAAUGGAGAGGGACUGGACUGUUUCGCUGUGAAGAAACCUCCAUUGCACUUCCAUACUGUAUGCCAUUCAGCAUGCAGGGGUUUAUGCCUUAUGAUAUGUAAUGUAUUCCAGAAUGCUUCUCUUCAAAUACAUUAAAUACAUAUCGCUCACGCAGUAAAGGACAUGUUCAAUGUACCCUAAUAAAGGUGAACUGCCCUGUCUGUCCACCUGCAGUAAGGAGCAGCAGAAGUCUCUGAAGAUGAUGUCAGUGUGGGAGCAGAGAACCACUCAGCUGAGGAGACACAACCUGCGGGCCAGCAGUGAGGCCCUGUACAGCGAGCUGGACCCUGAGGAGAGGCUUCGUAUGUCCUCCGCCCUGCACAUCCGCCCUGACAUGAAGACCCACCUGGACCGGCCCCUGGUGGUGGAGCCCCAUGACGGCCCCGGCCCCAUGGGCCAACACAAGCCCCGGACCCCUGAGGAGACAGAUACCCCUGGGGACCCGGCCGGCCCCCAGCCACGCAGGCACCACCGCCACCGGGACAGGGAGAGACCCAUCGACGAGGCCAAUGAGAAUGGAGAUCCAAGCAAAGAGGGUAGGCACCAUGUCCACCACAGUCGCAGCAAGGACCCAGACGGCACCCGGGGCAAGGAGGGGAAGAGUGAGCGGUCGCGCAGCCAAGAGGGGGGCAGGAGGCACCACCACCAGACCUUAGUGGACGAGGCAGGAGGAGGGGGAACGGGGACGGGGGAGAGAGAGCAUCGCCACCACCACUCCCACAGACAGGCCAGAGAGGGUAACGGCACUGUCAACAGCGGAGGCAAGGGGGAGCGCAGGUCACGCCACAAAGAUGGCCGCUCGGGAGAGAGGUGCUCCAGGGGAGAGAACGGGGCCAAUGGGGAGAGGAGGAGACACAAGACCCACAGCUCCAGGGGCCAGUCCACACUGGAGGGAGAGGAGCACAGUGAGAGGGAGAGGGGGAAGGGCCACAGGUAAGACUGGCUCUGUUCUUGGAUGUCUUUGUUACUUCUCAGAUGACUUCUACAUGACUGCAAAUCUAUAGGAUACAUCAUUUUGCACUGAUGAAAGCAUAUCAUACGAGUAGGUACCAGAGAUCAAUGACUUGUGCUCUAUGGUAAUUUGAUCUGUUUCCCAGGGACAGAUAUGUGGAGUCUGAGGGAGACUCCCUAGCCAUCAGCCCCCAGCAGGACCCUGGAGAUCAGAGGUGGGGCACAGAGGGACCUGAAGACUCAGACAAUCAGAGGAACGUCAGACGGACUGGACAGACGGCCGUCAACAUCCCCCCUGUCACUAUCACCCCCCCUCCCGGGGAGACCACCCUUAUCCCCAGUCAGUAACAACCUUCACACUAACCCUUAUCCCCAGUCAGUACCAACAUUAACACUAACCCUUAUCCCCAGUCAGUACCAACAUUAACACUUAUCUCCAGUCAGUACCAACAUUAACCCUAACCCUUAUCCCCAAUCAGUACCAACAUUAACACUAACCCCUAUUCCCAGUCAGUACCAACCUCAACACAACCCCCUAUCCCCAGUCAGUACCAACCUUAGCACUAACCCUUAUCCCAAGUCAGUACCAACCUUAACACUAACCCUUAUCCCCAGUCAGUACCAAUCUUAACACUAACCCUUAUCCCCAGUCAGUACCAACCUUAGCACUAACCCUUAUCCCCAGUCAGUACCAACCUUAACACUAACCCUUAUCCCCAGUCAGUACCAACCUUAACACUAACCCUUAUCCCUAGUCAGUACCAACCUUAACACUAACCCUUAACCCCAGUCAGUACCAACCUUCACACUAACCCUUAUCCCCAGUCAGUACCAACAUUAACACUAACCCUUAUCCCCAGUCAGUACCAACAUUAACACUUAUCUCCAGUCAGUACCAACAUUAACCCUAACCCUUAUCCCCAAUCAGUACCAACAUUAACACUAACCCCUAUUCCCAGUCAGUACCAACCUCAACACAACCCCUUAUCCCCAGUCAGUACCAACCUUAACACUAACCCUUAUCCCUAGUCAGUACCAACCUUAACACUAACCCUUAACCCCAGUCAGUACCAACCUUCACACUAACCCUUAUCCCCAGUCAGUACCAACAUUAACACUAACCCUUAUCCCCAGUCAGUACCAACCUUAACACUAACCCUUAUCCCCAGUCAGUACUGCAAACCUAUUUGCCCUCUAAUACUGUUUCUUCAGUGUUCUUGUGUUUCUGAGGUGUAUCUAAACCUUUGUGUCUGUGUCCCAGUGAACAGUAUAGACCGUGAGACCAUGCCUAUGAAUGACGAGAAGAAAACCCUGGAGGAGCGGACUCAGAGUGGACCCAGACCCAUCCUGCCUUACAGCUCCAUGUUUGUGUUUGGCCAGACCAACGUGUGAGUGGCCCGCAUGGACAGCUCUACACUACACCACUCUACACUACACCACUCUACACUACACCACUCUAUGCUACACCACUCUACACUACACCACUCUAUGCUACACCACUCUACACUACUCCACUCUACACUACACCACUCUAUGCUACACCACUCUACACUACACCACUCUACACUACACCACUCUAUGCUACACCACUCUACACUACACCACUCUAUGCUACACCACUCUACACUACUCCACUCUAUGCUACACCACUCUACACUACUCCACUCUAUGCUACACCACUCACACCAUUCACACCACAAACACUCUGCCUUCCAUGUAGCAAGUCCCUGCAUGUUAACAUUGUCAUAUGGCCCCACAUUUAACUCCUUUAGCGAAGCUGUUAAAAUGUUAGUGCAUGUCUUAAAGGCAAUCGAGUAGCACUUUCCUUUAAGUCCACACAAUCACUCAAAUAUCCAUCUUCGUAGAUUGCUUAUAAACCUUUGCAUUAACCUACAAUCAACUAACAGAAAACAAAAUCAGCAGCCAGCCAGCCACUGUUAUAGCCCGUCUAUAUGCAGCCAGCCAUUACUAGGAACAGUGUCUAUGUGUGAUGUCUCUCAGGUGAGCUAUAUAUGGACUAUAUGACCUCUCUCUCUCUCUCUCUCUCUCUCUCUCUCUCUCUCUCUCUCUCUCUCUCUCUCUCUCUCUCUCUCUCUCUCUCUCUCUCUCUCUCUCCAGGGUGCGGCGUCUGUGUCAUUACAUUGUGAGCCUGCGGUACUUUGAGAUGUGUAUCCUGGUAGUGAUAUCCAUGAGUAGCAUUGCAUUGGCUGCAGAGGACCCUGUCCAGGCCAACGCUCCACGCAACAAUGUGAGUCUACGCAUGCGCACACACACACACACACACACACACAGGCAGGCAGACAUGCCAAACACAAACACACACGCUCAGGCAGAAAUGCCAGGCACACAGGCACGUGUACACACACACAACACACACUCACGUACGUGUAGACACACAAACACACACACACAGGCAGGCAGACAUGCCAGACACACACAACCUGAAAUGGUCCAUCCACACAGACAGUGUGGUGAAGAAGGCACAACAGUGCCAAAUUCGGCUUGGCCCAAAAGACCCUCACAAACAUCUACAGAUGCACCAUUCAGAGCAUCCUGUCAGGCUGUAUCUCCGCCUGGUACGGCAAUUGCACCGUCUGCAACCGCAGGGCUCUCCAGAGGGUGGUGCGGUCAUCCCAACACAUCACAGAGGGCACACUGCCUGCCCUCCAGGACAUCUACAGCACCCGGUGUCACAGGAAGGCCAAGAAGAUCAUUAAGCCAUGACCUGUUCACCCCGCUACCAUAUAGAAGGUGGAGACAGUACAUGUGCAUCAAAGCUGGGACCGAGAGAUUUAAAAAACAGCUUCUAUAGAGGCCAUCAGACUGUUAAAUAGUCACCACUAGCCGGCCUCCGCCCAGUACCCUGCCCUGAACUUAGUCACUGUUACUAGCCGGCUACCACCCAAUACUCUAACCUGCACCUUAAGAGUGUGCUGCCCUAUGUACAUAGUCAUUGAAUACUGGUCACUUUAAUUAAGCAAUAAGUCACAAGAGGCAGUGCUGUAUCAUGAACACAGUCACAGGUAAAUGGCGUUGUUAGGCCCAAUGCGAUAGUGGAGGGCCAGUCACCCAUUUACUUGUGACUGUAUUCAUGGUACAUCACUGCCUUGGGUGCCUUAUUGCUUUUAUAAAACUGUUACCAACAUACUAAAAUAACAGUGAAUUACAUAUUUUCAUUAAAACAUUUAUUUUGAUAAGUCAAUUCAUACAAUUUCAUUCAUCCACCUGAAGAUAUAGUCCGGACAGAAAUCUGGUUGUUAGUUAUUUUGGUCAUGUUUCUACAGACUCGACCCAGUCCUUAAUUAUUUUUGCAAAGUUGCUAUGCAAAAGCACUGGUCUUCCAUUCUAAACGAAAUGGUUGCUAUGCAGGCUUCUUGUCACUUGAUAGCUAGCUAGCCAGCCAGCCAACUUAAGCUAACUCAGUCACGUCAAACAUUGAACCUGGAAUGACAGUACACUAGCUGCAUUUUCAUUUGAGCUUUUUUUCAAUUGGCAUUUACUUGGAUAUGUCCAUGAUAAUGAUGUGGCUCAGACGAGGUUGUCUACUCUAUGGUACUACAGAGAUCGAAAUUCAAAAGUGAAACAUUUUUUCCUAGGUAGGACAGGCAUACAGCGAGGCUUAUAUUAACCCCCGCUGUACCAAACUAAAUACUAGUCUGGAAGCAAAGGGAAAUAAUGUGCAAGUUGAGAUAAAUACAAGAGAUGAUUCAGACAGCAACCUGAACAUGAUAUUCUUAUGGAUGCGCAAUUGUAAUUUUCAGAUGGAACUGUUAGCAGGCAUAGGUGUUUCUCUGAUGGCCAAUACAGCACGGCUUAGAACGCUGCUCUUCCAAUCAGCAUCCAGGAUCCAAACAACCAGUUUUAUAAUUAAGUGAUAAUGCCAGAGAAGCCAGUGUUUGGAGGAUAUAUUGGCAUGGGUGUGUUCGUCUCGGGCCGGCAAACCGUGCCAAUAUAUCCUCCAAAUACCCGCUUCGAGGGCAUUAUCACUUUUAUACAACGGGUUACCAAUAUAUUCAAAUAAUGAUUGACAUAUUUUCAUGCUGAUUCAUGAUUUUGACUGGCUGAGAAAAGCUGCCAUCCUGUCUGUCUUGUCCCGACUCCCGACACGUUCAUUACCAUAGGACAGCUGGAGAUCGAAUUUCAAUAUUGAAACAAUGUUGCAAAUGUCAGAGAGACAGGCAGCAAGGUUAUUACAAAUCUCUGCUGUUGAAAACCAAAUGGGAGAUAAUGUCUAGAUGCUUUUUACAGUGUAGAUCUUGUACACUGCUCAAAAAAAUAAAGGGAACACUUAAACAACACAAUGUAACUCCAAGUCAAUCACACUUCUGUGAAAUCAAACUGUCCACUUAGGAAGCAACACUGAUUGACAAUACAUUUCACAUGCUGUUGUGCAAAUGGAAUAGACAACAGGUGGAAAUUAUAGGCAAUAAGCAAGACACCCCCAAUAAAGGACUGGUUUUGCAGGUGGUGACCACAGACCACUUCUCAGUUCCUAUGCUUCCUGGCUGAUGUUUUGGUCACUUUUGAAUGCUGGCGGUGCUUUCACUCUAGUGGUAGCAUGAGACGGAGUCUACAACCCACACAAGUGGCUCAGGUAGUGCAGCUCAUCCAGGAUGGCACAUCAAUGCGAGCUGUGGCAAGAAGGUUUGCUGUGUCUGUCAGCGUAGUGUCCAGAGCAUGGAGGCGCUACAAGGAGACAGGCCAGUACAUCAGGAGACGUGGAGGAGGCCGUAGGAGGGCAACAACCCAGCAGCAAGACUGCUACCUCCGCCUUUGUGCAAGGAGGAGCAGGAGGAGCACUGCCAGAGCCCUGCAAAAUGACCUCCAGCAGGCCACAAAUGUGCACGUGUCUGCUCAAACGGUCAGAAACAGACUCCAUGAGGGUGGUAUGAGGGCCCGACGUCCACAGGUGGGGGUUGUGCUUACAGCCCAACACCGUGCAGGACGUUUGGCAUUUGCCAGAGAACACCAAUAUUGGCAAAUUCGCCACUGGCGCCCUGUGCUCUUCACAGAUGAAAGCAGGUUCACACUGAGCACGUGACAGACGUGACAGAGUCUGGAGACGCCGUGGAGAACGUUCUGCUGCCUGCAACAUCCUCCAGCAUGACCGGUUUGGCAGUGGGUCAGUCAUGGUGUGGUGUGGCAUUUCUUUGGGGGGCUGCACAGCCCUCCAUGUGCUCGCCAGAGGUAGCCUGACUGCCAUUAGGUACCGAGAUGAGAUCCUCAGACCCCUUGUGAGACCAUAUGCUGGUGCGGUUGGCCCUGGGUUCCUCCUAAUGCAAGACAAUGCUAGACCUCAUGUGGCUGGAGUGUGUCAGCAGUUCCUGCAAGAGGAAGGCAUUGAUGCUAUGGACUGGCCCGCCCGUUCCCCAGACCUGAAUCCAAUUGAGCACAUCUGGGACAUCAUGUCUCGCUCCAUCCACCAACUCCACGUUGCACCACAGACUGUCCAGGAGUUGGCGGAUGCUUUAGUCCAGGUCUGUGAGGAGAUCCCUCAGGAGACCAUCCGCCACCUCAUCAGGAGCAUGCCCAGGCAUUGUAGGGAGGUCAUACAGGCACGUGGAGGCCACACACACUACUGAGCCUCAUUUUGACUUGUUUUAAGGACAUUACAUCAAAGUUGGAUCAGCCUGUAGUGUGGUUUUCCACUUUGAUUUUGAGGGUGACUCCAAAUCCAGACCUCCAUCGGUUGAUACAUUUGAUUUCCAUUGAUAAUUUUUGUGUGAUUUUGUUGUCAGCACAUUCAACUAUGUAAAGAAAAAAGUAUUUAAUAAGAUUAUUUCAUUCAUUCAGAUCUAGGAUAUGUUAUUUUAGUGUUCCCUUUAUUUUUUUGAGCAGUGUAUAUAAAUUGCCUGGCUGAGCUGAUGAGACAGUGGAUUGAGCAGUCAGAUGGAACAGAGUAAAUAGGCAUUUCAACAUCAUAGAUUUAGCCGGUGGCAAUUUGUGGAUUAUAAACUGGGUGGUUCGAGCCCUGAAUGCUAAUUGGCUGACAGCCAUGGUAUAUCAGACCGUAUACCACAGGUAUGACAAAACAUUUAUUUUUACUGCUCUAAUUACGUUGGUAACCAGUUUAUAAUAGCAAUAAGGCACCUCUGGGGUUUGUGUUAUAUGGCCAAUAUACCACGGCUAAGGGCUGUAUCCAGGCACUCCACGUUAUGUCGUACCCAAGAACAGCCCUUAGCCGUGGUAUAUUUGGCCAUAUACCACACCCCCUCGUGCCUUAUUGCUUAAAUAGACACCGUCUGGAAUGCAGUUUUAAUCAAUCAGUAUCCAGGAUUAGACCCACACGUUGUAUAAUAGUGUUUACAUACUGUUUUACCCGCUUCAUAUGUAUAUACUGUAUUCUAGUCAACGCUCAUCCUAUAUAACUACUGCUGUACACACCUUUUCUAUUCAUAUACUGUCCAUACUGUCUAUACAUACCAUCAUAUAUAUAUAUAUAUAUAUAUAUAUAUAUAUAUAUAUAUAUAUAUAUAUAUAUAUAUAUAUAUACAGUGGGGAGAACAAGUAUUUGAUACACUGCCGAUUUUGCAGGUUUUCCUACUUACAAAGCAUGUAGAGGUCUGUAAUUUUUAUCAUAGGUACACUUCAACUGUGAGAGACGUAAUCUAAAACAAAAAUCCAGAAAAUCACAUUGUAUGAUUUUUAAGUAAUCAAUUUGCAUUUUAUUGCAUGACAUAAGUAUUUGAUCACCUACCAACCAGUAAGAAUUUCGGCUCUCACAGACCUGUUAGUUUUUCUUUAAGAAGCCCUCCUGUUCUCCACUCAUUACCUGUAUUAACUGCACCUGUUAGAACUCGUUACCUGUAUAAAAGACACCUGUCCACACACUCAAUCAAACAGACUCCAACCUCUCCACAAUGGCCAGAAAAUCACAUUGUAUUAUUUUUAAGUAAUUAAUUUGCAUUUUAUUGCAUGACAUAAGUAUUUAAUACAUCAGAAAAGCAGAACUUAAUAUUUGGUACAGAAAUCUUUGUUUGCAAUUACAGAGAUCAUAAGUUUCCUGUAGGUCUUGACCAGGUUUGCACACACUGCAGCAGGGAUUUUGGCCCACUCCUCCAUACAGACCUUCUCCAGAUCCUUCAGGUUUCGGGGCUGUCGCUGGGCAAUACGGACUUUCAGCUCCCUCCAAAGAUUUUCUAUCGGGUUCAGGUUUGGAGACUGGCUAGGCCACUCCAGGACCUUGAGAUGCUUCUUACGGAGCCACUCCUUAGUUGCCCUGGCUGUGUGUUUCGGGUCGUUGUCAUGCUGGAAGACCCAGCCACGACCCAUCUUCAAUGCUCUUACUGAGGGAAGGAGGUUGUUGGCCAAGAUCUCGCGAUACAUGGCCCCAUCCAUCCUCCCCUCAAUACGGUGCAGUCGUCCUGUCCCCUUUGCAGAAAAGCAUCCCCAAAGAAUUAUGUUUCCACCUCCAUGCUUCACGGUUGGGAUGGUGUUCUUGGGGUUGUACUCAUCCUUCUUCUUCCUCCAAACACGGCGAGUGGAGUUUAGACCAAAAAGCUAUAUUUUUGUCUCAUCAGACCACAUGACCUUCUCCCAUUCCUCCUCUGGAUCAUCCAGAUGGUCAUUGGCAAACUUCAGACGGGCCUGGACAUACGCUGGCUUGAGCAGGGGGACCUUGCGUGCGCUGCAGGAUUUUAAUCCAUGACGGCGUAGUGUGUUACUAAUGGUUUUCUUUGAGACUGUGGUCCCAGCUCUCUUCAGGUCAUUGACCAGGUCCUGCCGUGUAGUUCUGGGCUGAUCCCUCACCUUCCUCAUGAUCAUUGAUGCCCCACGAGGUGAGAUCUUGCAUGGAGCCCCAGACCGAGGGUGAUUGACCGUCAUCUUGAACUUCUUCCAUUUUCUAAUAAUUGCGCCAACAGUUGUUGCCUUCUCACCAAGCUGCUUGCCUAUUGUCCUGUAGCCCAUCCCAGCCUUGUGCAGGUCUACAAUUGUAUCCCUGAUGUCCUUACACAGCUCUCUGGUCUUGGCCAUUGUGGAGAGGUUGGAGUCUGUUUGAUUGAGUGUGUGGACAGGUGUCUUUUAUACAGGUAACGAGUUCUAACAGGUGCAGUUAAUACAGGUAAUGAGUGGAGAACAGGAGGGCUUCUUAAAGAAAAACUAACAGGUCUGUGAGAGCCGAAAUUCUUACUGGUUGGUAGGUGAUCAAAUACUUAUGUCAUGCAAUAAAAUGCAAAUUGAUUACUUAAAAAUCAUACAAUGUGAUUUUCUGGAUUUUUGUUUUAGAUUCCGUCUCUCACAGUUGAAGUGUACCUAUGAUAAAAAUUACAGACCUCUACAUGCUUUGUAAGUAGGAAAACCUGCAAAAUCGGCAGUGUAUCAAAUACUUGUUCUCCCCACUGUAUAUAUUUAUAUUCCGGACAUUGACAUUGCUCUUUCUGAUAUUUCUUCAUUUCUUUCUUUGAAUUUUUUGGAUUUGUGUGUAUUGUUUUGUAUUGUUAGGUAUUACUGCACUGUUGGAGCUAGAAACAUAAGCAUUUUGCUGCACCUGUGAUAACAUCUGCAAAAUAUGUGUACACGACCAAUACGAUUUUAUUUUAUUUGAUGCAGUUAGACAUUUAAAAAACAACAACAGGUGUGACAACAAAGUUCAUCCAAAUAUAUCUGUAAGCAAGGAGAAGAUCAGGCAGCUGUUCAAAUGAGCUAGAGGAAUAAUUAGUUUUGCAUUGCCACUUGGCUGUGUUUUUCUCUUGCACUGACUCUCUCCUGUUCAGGUGCUCAAGUAUCUGGACUACGUCUUUACGGGAGUUUUCACAUUUGAGAUGGUGAUUAAGGUAAGAGCUUGGAUAGGCACAUGUCAUGAAAUUAAAUUUUUACUACAUACUAAAUGACUGAACAAAAAUAACAUGUUUUCAGAUCCUUUUUGGCAGCUGUCUUAGAUUUCCACAAUAUUUGUCUAGAAUGUAUUUCUUUGUUUUUCAUUCCGUUACUCCUAUAGUUGUAUUGGCCUCAUGCCACAUCCUGUGUUUAUUGAAAUGCAUGACUCAAUGAGAGCACUUUCAUUGAAUACUUAGUAUGACUAUAGGAGGUUGCCCCACUGUUAUGAUGAGUUUCUCGGGUGUUCAAAGAAUCAAGGAUGCAAGGAUAUACUGAGACACUUUGUAAAAAGUUCAUGCAAUUAUUUAAUGAUCGGUACCGGGUUCGUGACAACAAUGACCAGAGCUUUGCCCUUGAUGCUACGAACUAACUUGAACAAAGAAAACACUCUAUCUUAUAUAGCCUUUAUUACCCUCCUCCUGGCAUACAUCUGGCAAGUCUCCAUGGGCACUCCCUGUCUUUGAUGUUCAUCACUCUUUACCCCAAGUCACUAUCCUAAACAUCACUCAUGCUAUCCUAAACAUCAGUAAUCUACUUUGACAUAAUGGAAUGUAGACUUCAUGGCCCCAAACCACUCAUCUCUUAACUCUUCCUCUGUCCUCACAAUACUAUGACAUGACAUCAUUACACCCACCCUCAGUGUACUGUAGCCAUCUAACCCUGCUCUCUGAUUGGUCCAGAUGGUUGACCUGGGCCUCCUGCUCCAUCCUGGUUCUUACUUCAGAGAUCUCUGGAACAUUCUGGACUUCAUUGUGGUCAGUGGAGCACUGGUGGCAUUUGCAUUUUCGUAAGUUGUAUAUUUUCUUAGUAACAUUUAUCAAUUCAUAAAAUAAAAUAAUUGCACAAGGCAAAUUUGACAAAAUAAACUGAUAAACUGCACUUUCCCAGACACUGUGGUUGUAAAAUAUGUAGACAUACUCUGCCUGCUUUUCUCUUUCGAAUUUACAUGCACUAUAAUUCAUCUGUCAUUUCCCAUCGGUGAAAUUCCUCAGAAUCAAAUUCCUUGUAUCAAUACAAUAUAAUAUGUCCUCCUGAAUGAUGAUGUCUGCUACCUUUACUGCAGCAAUAUUGUAUUCAUUAUUGGCUCAGUCUUUGGGACAAGUUUUUGGGCCAACUGUUUUUGUUGUGAUUAUUUGUGAGAAUGAGAAUAUGGCAAUUCAGGUGAAACACUGUGAUUAGUCCGGGAGAGAGAGAGAGUCUCCAUGGGUUUAGGGUAAUUAUCCUGUACACCUGGUAAUGCUGCUGCUGCCAGAAUCUACCAUUAGUUCCAUAACAACACAAUGGGAAAAUAGGAAUGCAUAAUGUCAUGUUCAUUUAUUUGCUGAUAGAGCAACCAGUUGGGGUGUUUUGCAGUAAGGAUUGUAAUUGCAUUAACCUCCACAAAAUGCUCUAUUUCAUGCUGUGUGUGUGUGAAGUGUGCAAUGUGUGUGUGUGUACGCAAGUGUUAUGUGCGCUGUUGACUCAAAGUUCCUCUUCUGUUUCCUUGUGGCUUGGAUCUCUUGAAGGAGCUUCAUGGGGUAAUGCUUUCUCUCUCUCUCUCUCUGCCUCUCUCUCUCUCUCUCUCUCUCUCUCUCUCUCUCUCUCUCUCUCUCUCUCUCUCUCUCUCCUCUCUCUCUCUCUCUCUCUCUCUCAUCUUGCCUGUCUCUGUUUGUGUGAGCUAUGCUCAGUCCAUAGGCCCGUUUUGUUCUGGGACACACUCAUCUCUCUCUCUUCUCUUCAUCUUUUCAUAGUCCACUUGUCUUCUCUCACAUUUAUCUGCUUGACCAUAGAUCCUCUGUCCUGUUCCAUGUUCCCCUCCGCUAUAGGGGGCAUGUCACCUCAGUGUGACUACAUAUUCACCAGGACCACACUAGACCAAUACAUCUGUUGCUGUGAUGAGAAUUAUCCUACUACUCUAUAUCAGCUAAUGUUAUGAUUACAAAUGGACCUACUCACCAAACACAUUUAAUUAAGUGGCUACUACUCAUACAAGGUAGUAAGAAAGAUCACCACUUUAGAGUGUGUUUAAACUGUUAUGGUGUCAUCAAGGUAUUGUUGACUGCUUACUGACCAUACAGUACCAACCUACAUUCCCACUUUGUUUGUUUACAGCACUGCCUCUGGUAUCCAUCACUCUCCCCUAGCCACUCUAACAGACAGCCAGCCGUGUUGAUGUUGAUGGAUAGACAUUAUUCUCCCUGCAUGUCCCGGGCCUCAUUCUGCCUGUCAUGUCAAUGUGAUCCACUGCCUCAUUGGGAAUGAACCGUACCGCCACCGUGAUGUGUCAUCUACACACUGUUUGUGUAGUGUGCUUCCUUGAAUCUCUCAACAACAACAACGUGUCAUCGUUCCAUCUUCCUUCAGACGUUCCACAUCUGUCAGAUGUCCUCUGUCUGUUGGAUAUGUCUGCUAGUACACAAGAAACACACUCUUACAUGCGCAACCAAAACAAGUGUCAGGAGUGUCUUUUUGGCAAACACAACUAGAUUUCUUGUCUGUUUCAUGAACAUUGCCUUGAAGAAAUGAAAGCCAUUUUGCAACCCAAUCAUCCUUGAUGAAGUGUUAUUAGGGCCUAUAUUGCCAUGUGGCGUAGGGCCUUUUCUAGUCGGAUCAGUUCCUCUCACUUUCACAAUAACAUUUAACUGUCUGUCACUAACAGAAUAGUACAGUAAAUGACAAACAUCUCAAUUUCAUACAUUAUAGGCCUAUUCCCAUUCCCAUUCACCAUAUUGUAUUGUUUAGAUUGUACCUGUUUAUGCAGACAUCCAUAUUUUCUGUGUGGGAAGACGUCAUAAUUGUGCUCUUUAUCUUGUGUUUUCCCCCAUCAGACCGCCACAAGGUGUGCCCAGGUGGGGAACCCCCUCUCCCCUCUUACCCCUCUACCCCUCUUUCUUCUGCUUAGGCCAGGAUCAUGUCUCUAAACCUGUAUGAGUAAAGGGUUUCCUUUACAGACCGGGAGCCUUUGCCAUGUCACUCUGAUAGCCUUCAAUAGAAACCUCUCUCUCUUUCUGGGAGUUCACUCUCCAAUCUUACUGUAAAUGGAGGCUCAAGUAAAAUGUGUUCAUUAUUGAUGAUUGGCCCAAAUCCCAGCAUCAGCACUGACUAUGCUGGCCAUUCUAAUCAUUAUGUAGACUUUUUGUAUUUAUUUUCAAUCUUCUAUGCCCAAGUCAAAUACUCAGUACAUAUACAUUAAAACAUAAUACAUUCUUGUUCCACACGGACAGGGAGAGAACUACAGAUGUAGGAUCUUAAUUUGAUGACCCUGUUGCAGGAGAACUUUCCUGCAAUGCAGGACAUUUAGAACUUGUAGUGUAUUUGAGGUUUAAAAAGGCUUCUGAAGUUUGUAAUUUCCCCUUUCAAAUUUCAGACCUGAUUUUCCCUAAUGAAAAAUGUAUCAACCCCUACAAAAAUGUCCAUUAAUUAUAAUCCACAUAAUAAUUCACAUUUCCUGUUGCUGCAGGAUUAUUUUCCUGCUAUAGCAAAAUGGCUCAAAUUAAGAUCCUACAUGUGUAGGACUACCAUUAGAGUAGUGAUAAAAAUAGCUGGUGCUGAGACAGGACAUGGUGGUUAUUUUGGAUGACAGUUUUUGUUCUCCUUCCAGGGAGAUGACAUAUGGUACACAUCAGCCACCUGUACCUGAGAAUGAUGUCCUCAUUACGUAUUUAACCACUGUCUUGGCGUCUCAUAGCUCUGUCACCAUCCAGCCCCUGUAGAAAACUCCAAACGCUCGCAAUUAAACUCCCAAGUCACAUGUUUUUCUCCAAGCUGGUCAAGCGUUCUUUGAAGGCUAUCAGAAUGUCAUGUGUGGUUUUACAUGUGUGAGUGUUUUGUGAUCUCAAACCAUGGGCUCUACUUACUGUGAAAAAAGCAUGCUGGACUAAUGCGCAUCAGAGCAUGAACGUUGCAUGCUGCUGUGGUAGAGUCGAGUUAUACUGGAAGCUCUGGGAGGGAGGAACCACACCAUCAUAUCACAUGGCCAUGCUGUGUUGGGAAUACCAGUCAGAGUUACAAGAUGGCGUUUAUUCCCACUUGGAUGGGAAGUGGUGUGUGUGUGUGUGUGUGUGUGUGUGUGUGUGUGUGUGUGUGUGUGUGUGUGUGUGUGUGUGAUGAUAGCAGACAGAGGGAGGAGGCAGGGUAGAGUAGGGGAAGAUGGAGUGUGUUGGCAGAUUUGUUUCUCUCUGUUGUUGCCAUUUGCCUCCUCGUGGACUGUCUUGUUGGUGCCAUGUUAGUCAUCUUCACCAGAAGCUGAGAUGUUUACAAGUCAAUCUUUAUCUAUAAGUUGAUGAGAAAAUUAGUGACUGCUGUGUAGGAUUUACUUGAACAACAGAGGAGUUAACGUUGCAUUUAAGAGAAGUCUUUCCAGAAUAGGUCUGAAUAGGUCUAUUUAUAUCACAUUUAUUAAUGUGAAGUAUCACAUAGUAUCUUUGACUGGUUAUUUAUGUGUUGCUGACUGUUAAUUGGAGUCAUUCAAAUCCCUCCAUGUUUCACCAAUGGGAUGCUUUACCUUAAAUACAUUACCAUUUUGUGUACUGUACCAUACAUUGGUAAAUUAUUUUACAUUUUAUAUAACAUGCAAUAUUUUGUAUCACUUCGUUGUAUUUCAUUUGGAGAUGCCUGCACUUUUAUUGCUAUUCUCACAGCUCCCCAAGGUGUUGAUUCAGCAAGAGCUCUUCUGAGUCUGUAGGGAACAUUAAUGUACAUGGAGACUUAAUGGGAUUCUGCUCAGACUUCUUGACAUGUUGGUUCAAAAGAUUUUCUGUUCUUCCGUCCAUUGUAUCUGAGAAAGUCUAAUAAAUCACUUGUUCCUGUAUUUCCCCAUGAGUCAUAAUACUCUACACUGACAUCCUUUCAUCUUUUCCCUCAGUCAUCUGUCAGUCUCACCAUCUCAUUUUAACGACUUUGUGUAUGAAAACAGCAUUGGUUCAUUUAAAAGAAACAUCACCGUUUAUUUUGUACCACUGGUUAUGGGUUCUUCUGCAGAAACCUGAUACACAGUCUAUAGUGCGAGCGUACUUGAUUUAUUUUUCUGGUGUUAUUUGCAUGGAGAAAUAUGUGUUGAGAUGUAACUCUCAGUGAAGAUGUAUUUCUGUGGAAUUACUACUCUGCAUGCUAUAAAUCCACAAACUGUCUAAUUCGCUCAUGUAAUCCAGGAUUACAUGCUACAGUACACCUAUCUGAAUGGUAUGGAGAGGCAUGAGCCUAUGUGAAAUUACUAAUCCAUUCUCAAUUGGGGCUGGGUGCUUGGUUGUCACAAACAAUUUCUACAGCUUUGACAAAUAUGUUUACCUCAAUUAUUAUUCUGUUGAAAUCAUUUUGAAUGUAUUAUUAAAAAUACAAUGUCUUUAGUAGUGGGAGAUGGGAAUAUAGUACCAACCGUUCUCCUCCUCACCCCACUUCCUUUGAUUGUAAGAACAUUUCCAGUCACGUUCGGUCAAGACCAUUAGAGAGCAUUCUUCAAAUGCUUUCUGUUUCUUAGUCUAAACCUUACCAUUCAUGAAACUUUUAAAAGCAACAGCAAUUUAUCAACAAGGUACUGACUUUUUUCACAAGUGGUUUGCCUCUUUUUUAAUGCAAUUGUUAUUUUAGCAGUUUAUGAAUACAACUACCUUCACACAGGGUUUAGCGUUUGAGUGAUGACCUUACUGGUUUGUUGUCUAACUUAGUGUUUUUCUUGUGCAGAGGGUCCAAAGGAAAGGACAUCAGCACCAUCAAGUCCCUCAGAGUGCUGAGAGUCUUACGGCCCCUCAAGACCAUCAAACGCCUACCCAAGCUGAAGGUACGGAAUGGGACUUUACCCGACCUGACCCAUUGUACACUACACAUGUAUUCACUAGUGUUGACUUAUUGAUGAGUGUUGUCAGGACACAGAGUCAUCAGUGUGUACUGUAUCUAACCCAGCCCCAUGUUUCCCAGGCUGUGUUUGACUGCGUGGUCAACUCCCUGAAGAACGUGUUCAACAUCCUCAUCGUCUACAUGCUCUUCAUGUUCAUCUUCGCUGUCAUCGCCGUGCAGCUGUUCAAGGGCAAGUUCUUCUACUGCACCGAUGAGUCCAAGGGACUGGAGAAAGACUGC